UUUGAUUUUCUUCUAAUUUUCUCGUCGUUGCUGUUUGGGUUUAGCUUCCUUGCUUCGCAGGAGGUGUAAGAUUGCACGAGUUGCUUCUUCGGCUCCUUUGUUUUUGUUCGACUUCGCUCCCUCGACGACACGACGUUCCCUUUUCCUGUCGGAUCGGAAGUUUACGACAUUUUGAUCGGAAGUAAGGACGGGAGCUCGCUUGCUGUAAAGGACUGUGAUCAGGCAGUCGAUACCUUUAUUUUUGUGAGCUCUGAAGUUUAGAACAAAGGGGACGGAGCCUGUGAUCCUCAGCAAUGAAUUCCUCGAAUGAAGGGAGGCAUGAUGAUGAGGCUGCACUGACUGAGUUCCUCUCCUCACUGAUGGAUUACACUCCCACUAUCCCAGAUGAGCUUGUGGAACACUAUCUGGGUAAAAGUGGCUUCCAGUGCCCUGACUUGCGAUUGACAAGGCUUGUGGCUGUAGCCACCCAGAAGUUCAUCACCGAAAUUGCAAGUGAUGCGCUUCAGCAUUGCAAAGCAAGGCUGUCUGCACCAGUAAAAGAUAAGAGCAAGCAGCCAAAGGAGAAGCGUCUUGUUUUGACAAUGGAUGACCUUUCAAGAGCCUUGCGAGAGUAUGGGGUGAACUUGAAACACCCAGAUUACUUCGCUGACAGCCCUUUGACUGGAAUGGAUCCUUCAUCAAGGGAGGAGUGAUUGAAGAAAAAGCCUAGUUUUGUGUGGAUGUUUCUCAACUCAAGUAGGACUCAUACUAAAAAGCUUAUAUGCAUCUUCAUUGUGAUCCAAAACCUAAAUUUCUUCCUUUUAAUUUGUCCAUUAUGCAAUACUAUAGUACCAAAACAUAUCUUGUACAUUCUGAUAAAUAACACCUUUUGUAGUUUUGUAUCUGGCUAUUAUUCCAAGGACAAUGUUACCGUUUUUUUAAUUAUAAUGCAUCAUGACCAUAACCCAUUAUUUUCA